GAAACUAUGCCUGUCAUCGCCGGGACAGAUUCCAAAACCCUAACCCUACCAUCUGUUUCCGAUUCAUUCCGUCGAUUUCUAUGAAGAAAGAAGCUCGAAUCGAAAUCGCGCUCUCCCUUGGCGGUUGAAGAAGAACCCAUCUGUGUGUACGUCUCAGAUCUGCGUAAACCCUAGAUUGACCGUCCGGUGGCAAAUCCGUAAUCUAUCAAGUUAUACUAGGGAAAAAAGAUGCUAGGCGCUUUACCGAUUUUGCCCCUCCCGGCGCCUCCCUCCGAUGGAAACCUCGGCCCCCUCCCUCUAUCUCAGGUCACUGAGGAAAGGCCAAAAGAUCAGCCUACGUCCGCCGAAUCAGAAAACUCGGCUCCUGCUGCUGUCGCAACCCAUACCAGAACAAUCGGCAUCAUUCACCCACCUCCCGAUGUCCGGACAAUCGUAGACAAAACAGCCCAGUUCGUUGCCAAGAACGGCCCUGAAUUCGAGAAACGCAUCCUUGCUAACAACACAGGGAACGCAAAAUUCAGCUUCUUGAGUAGCUCUGACCCUUACCAUGCGUAUUACCAGCACCGCAUAUCUGAGUUCCGGGCCCAGGUACAGUCGUCUUCUCUGCAGCCCCCUCCAUCGCAGCCUUCCGACUCUGCCAUGCCUGAUGCGGCCCCUGCUGUCCCAGUAGCUGAUGGCAAUGAAGAGGCAAAGCCUGAUGUGUCCCAGUUCAAACCCCCUGUCCGCAAGGUCCUUGAACCACCGGAAGCCGAGCAAUACACAGUUCGGCUUCCUGAAGGGAUUACAGGUGAGGAGCUGGAUAUCAUCAAGCUCACGGCCCAGUUCGUGGCGCGAAAUGGGAAGUCAUUCUUGACGGGCCUCACGAGCCGGGAGAUCAACAACCCCCAGUUCCAUUUCCUGAAGCCAACACACAGCAUGUUCAUGUUCUUCACUGCACUUGCGGACUCGUACUCAAAGGUUUUGAUGCCACCAAAGGGGUUGACGGAGAAGCUGAGGAAGAGUGUCACAGAUAUGACUACAGUGCUUGAGAGGUGCUUGCACCGGCUUGAGUGGGAGCGGUCACAGGAGCAGGCGAGACAGAAGGCAGAGGAUGAGAUUGAGCAGGAACGGAUGCAGAUGGCAAUGAUUGAUUGGCAUGAUUUUGUUGUGGUGGAGACGAUUGAAUUCGCAGAUGAUGAAGAUGAUGAAUUGCCGCAGCCAAUGACAUUAGAAGAGGUUAUAAGGAGAAGCAAGGUAUCAGCUACUGAAGAAGAAGAAGAAGUUGUUGAACCUGGAAAGGAGGUAGAAAUGGAAAUGGAUGAAGAAGAGGUUCAGCUUGUUGAAGAGGGAAUGAGAGCUGCCAGUCUCGAAGAGAAUGUUGAUGAGAAAAAGAAUGAGAUUAAGGUCCCUGAUGAGCCAGAGCCGCCAAUGAGGAUAGUGAAAAAUUGGAAGAGACCUGAAGACAGAAUCCCUGCUGAAAGAGACCCGACGAAGUUUGGCGUGUCUCCAAUCACAGGCGAGUUGAUUCCCAUCAAUGAUAUGGCAGAGCACAUGCGUAUUUCUCUAAUUGAUCCCAAGUACAAGGAGCAGAAAGAGAGGAUGAUGGCUAAGAUCCGGGAAACGACCCUUGCUCAAGACGAUGAGAUCUCGAGGAACAUUAUUGGGCUUGCACGGACCCGUCCGGAUAUCUUUGGUACCACAGAGGAAGAAGUCUCCAAUGCUGUCAAGGCGGAGAUUGAGAAGAAGAAAGAGGAGCAACCAAAGCAGGUCAUAUGGGAUGGUCAUACAGGAAGCAUUGGGCGCACUGCUAAUCAAGCCAUGUCUCAGAGUAUUCCUGGUGAGGAGCAAGCUGAACUUGCUAAUAGCGAUGCAAGGACUCUUCCGGGUCCUGCUCCACCACCGAGGCCUGGUGUACCAUCGAUUCGUCCUCUCCCUCCGCCGCCUGGUCUGGCUCUUAAUAUUCCUCGGAUGCUCCCGAAUCCACCUCAGUAUUCUAUUACAACCAGUAGUGGAGUCAUUGCUGCUCCACAGCCAAGGCCACCUCUUAUGCAGAUGAUGCCAUCAAUGAGGCCACCACCUCCUCUGCCAAUAUCAUCAACGCAGCAACCCAUUAUGGUGAGGCCUCCGCUACCGCCAUCUGUUUCCAUGAACAUCCCUAGCAUUCCAAUACCACCUCCACCUGGAUCCCAAUUCACACCUUUGGGUCCCCGGCCUUUUGUACCAAUGCCUAUGCCUCCGCCUAAUAUGCCCGUACCUCCACCGCCCUUGCCUCAAGGAAUGCCUCCACCACCACCACCUGAGGAAGCUCCUCCUCCGCUGCCAGAUGAGCCUGAACCGAAGAGGCAGAGAGUCGACGAUGCUAUGCUCAUUCCAGAGGACCAGUUCCUGGCUCAACAUCCGGGAUCUGUUCGCAUUGCUGUUUCCGUGCCCAAUGUUGAUGAAGGAAACUUGAAGGGGCAGCUUCUUGAGAUCACAAUACAAUCUUUAUCUGAGACCAUAGGCAGUCUCAAGGAGAAAAUUGCAGGAGAAGUUCAACUUCCAGCCAACAAACAGAAGCUGAGUGGUCGUGCUGGUUUUCUCAAGGACAAUCUCUCGCUUGCUUAUUACAACAUUGGACCAGGAGAAACACUGACUCUGGCUCUAAGGGAACGUGGUGGCAGAAAGAGAUGAACAGAAUUCUCUCCUUUAAUCAGGCACAGGAAGGUCUCUAUAUUGGAACUUCCCAAGCUCUCAGUCUUGUGCCUGUAAUAGAAAUAUGGUUAUUGCUUCUUUUAGUGGUCUGUUGGAGACUAUAUUGAACUUUUCAUUCUCCAAGUAUCACUUUAAGAGUCUUGUUUCAAACUGAUGGAGCAUAUGGUAUCUACUGCAGAUGUGGCAUUUGGGUGUCAUUUUCUUAAGGGCUGCUGUGAAACUGCGCAAGCUCCUUGUUGGAUGCAAGUCGGCAGUGGCUUCUUCUAUAAUCUAUACAAACUAUUGCUUCUGUUAUCGUAAUAGUUUCUUUCAAAAUUGAUGCAAUAUGAUCGUAAUAUUUAAAAAGUUUAAACAUUUGCUUGGAAGUAUCCAAAUGUUAUUGGUUCAUGCUUUCAGUUUCUCAUUUCCUUUAUGGCCUGCAGGUUUUGAUUUCUGAUGAAGGUAGUGGUUUUGAAGUUCAUUUUGCAGCAUAUGCUUCAGGAUUGACUACACUGAGGAUCAACAGGGCUGCAGCUGGAUGUUUCAUGGAGGUUUUACUAGCUUGAUCUUUUAUUCAUCAUAUACUAUGCCACUGCUUUGUUCUCGUAAGUCCUACUCAGUGCUUAUGAGUGUUAGAAACUGGAUUGUAGCAUUUAAAAAUGCCAUUUGAAGUGCAUUUGUUUGAAUAGCUGGGUUGGUAGGAACUUGGUUGUAGCACUGUGUUUGAAUUGCCAUUUGAAUGGUACCCGAUAGACUAAUAGAGAGAGGUCCUUUUUUA